GUCAGACCAGUUUUCGGGAUGUGUUAGUGUGUGGAAGCCCUCGCAGCCUGAAGUUGAAACUGGAGAAACGGCAUUAGGUUGUGAGAAGGGUUUUUUUAUGUAGCAGAGCUUGAUUUGAACACAUCCUAAAGGAGCUUAACAGGACGUUGAAUGAGUUUGAGCUCAACACUGAGAGGAUAAUACGACUCACCUGCUGUGAGGCUUCUGUGUCUGGACCAUGUUCUCCUCCGCUGUCCCAUACAAAAACCAGCACUAUGCUGAACUGAAGAGGGACUGCAUCAAUGACAAGACGCUGUUUGAGGAUCCAGAGUUCCCCGCCACCAACACAUCUCUAUAUUUCAGGAAACCACCACCGGGGUUGGUGGAAUGGAAACGACCAGGGGAGAUCAGUCAGGCACCUCAUCUAUUUGUGGAGGGCAUCAGCUCCCACGACUUGAACCAGGGAGUUGUGGGAAACUGCUGGUUUGUUGCCGCCUGCUCCUGUCUGGCUUCAAAACCAAACCUCUGGAAGAAGGUGAUUCCUGACUGGAAGGAGCAGGAGUGGGACGACAAACACCCAGGAAGCUACGCUGGAAUCUUCCACUUUCAGUUCUGGAUCUUUGGCGAGUGGGUCGACGUGGUGGUGGACGACCGACUGCCGACCAUCAACGGAGAGCUCAUCUACUGUCACUCUAAAGACAACAACGAGUUCUGGAGUGCUCUGCUGGAGAAGGCCUACGCAAAGCUCUCUGGCUGCUAUGAGUCCCUUGAAGGGGGAAACACUGGAGACGCUGUGGUGGAUUUCAGUGGUGCUGUCUCUGAAGUCAUCAAAGUGGAGGAAGGCGGCUACUAUAAUGACCAGGAAAAACAAGACAAGCUGUUUGAAGACCUGCUGAAGGUGUAUGACCGUGGAGGAAUCAUAAGCUGCGCCAUUCAGGCGCAGCCUCAUGAAAUUGAGGCGAGGAUGGCAAACGGGUUGGUGAAGGGCCAUGCGUACUCAGUGACUGCAGUGAAGAAGGUGCGUUUGGGUCAUGGGCUGCUGGCCUACUUCAAAAAUGAAACCAUCCCCAUGAUCCGCAUGAGGAACCCCUGGGGCAAGACUGAAUGGAAUGGAGCCUGGAGUGACAGCUCUGAAGAGUGGUCUAAGGUUGGCGACACAGAAAGGGGCAACCUUGGCCUCACAGUGGAGGAUGAUGGAGAGUUCUGGAUGUCAUUCACAGACUGGUGCAAGUUCUUCACAGAUGCAGAUGUUUGCCGUCUCAUCAACACCUCGGUGAUCAGCAUCCAUAAGACGUGGCAUGAGGUGGUGCACUUCGGCAGUUGGACCAAAAACGCAGAGCCGCUCUUAAACCGCUGCGGAGGCUGUGCUAAUCACAAACAGACAUUCCUGCAGAACCCACAGUACCUGUUUGAUGUUACAAAGGAGGCAGAUGAGGUCCUGAUCUCAUUGCAACAGAAAGACAUGAAGAUCCACAGAAAGUUUGGUCAAGGAGAAAAUUUAACCAUCGGCUUCGGAGUCUUCAGGGUGGAACUGAACAGGAAAUAUCGGUUGCACGACAUCUUGACCCAGCAGUCUGUGCAGACUUCCACCUACAUCAACGCUCGGACAGUGUUCAUGAGAUGCGUGCUGACUCAGGGUCGCUACAUCAUCAUUCCCACCACCUUCAAGCCUCUGACGCUGGGCGAUUACAUGAUCCGAGUCUUCACUGAUGUGGACUCAGGCUGCCGGGAGCUGUCAGUGGACAAGCCAAGGAUAAGAUGCUGGAGUUCCUUCCUUGGGUAUCCACAGGUUGUGACUCACGUUUACAUCCACGGAGCUGAGGGGCUUCAGAACCAGGACAGUUCAGGAGGUGCUGACCCCUAUGUGAUCAUAUACUGCGAGGGCCGCUCGGUAAAAUCCACCAUCAAGAAGGACACUUUGCAACCAGAGUUUGCAACCAGUGGGAUUUUCUACAGGAAAAAGCCCAGGAAGCCCAUAACUGUGGAGGUGUGGAACAGUAACUCAGUGAAGGACGAGUUUAUGGGCCAAGUGGUUCUGUCUGGCUCGGUGAAGGACUCCACCGACCCUCAGAGGCUCCAGCUGAGGAAGCAAGGCGGGCAGAUGGCCGACGAGAUGCCGGGAAACAUCAGCCUGAGGAUCGUCACUUCGUCUCAGCUGACCGCCAUAUGACCUCCACAGUGACCUGAGAGAGCCGAAUUAUUUCCAGCUCUGAACUAUGCGGUGAACAUCUUGACCUGUGCCAUCCGGAACACACCAAAACCAGCAGCAGUACAAGCUUUUUAUACUGGUGCAAUGCUGUUAUUUGCACUUCGGUGAAUUAUCUCGAAAUGUUGAACUGCUUUUAUUGCGCCUUAAAAAGUGUUUGCGUAAUUUAUAGAAUCAAUGGGGGA